UGCUCCCACCGGCUCCUGCUCCCGCUCCCAAAGUCCCGCUCCCGCCCCGCUCCGGUCCCCCUCGGCUGGCGGCGGGCGGCGCUGCCCGGGGGGCGGGGAAGGGCACGCCGGGGAGGCGGCACCGCGCCCCCACCUGCCUCUCCCCCCUCCUCCCUCCGCCGCCGGCGAGGUUAGUGAUGAGGCGGCCGCGGGGAGCAGCCGGAGGGGUUAGUUCGCCGCCUGCCCUCGCUUCCCCGAUGCUCUGAGCCGGCGCCUCCUCCUCUCCCCGGCUCGGCCCGGGCUGGGUGCUCCGCAGCCGCUCCCCCGCCGCCCCGCAGGACAUGGAGUCCCCCGCCGCCGCCGCCCCCCUGGACGCCACCCCGGACCCCGCUAUCGUGCAGCCCCCCGGGGCCGGCCCGCCGCCGCCGCCCUCCCGGGAGCAGCAGGAGCAGCUGCGCAUCGGGGAGAGUGGGCAGCUCGCCGAGGGGCUGGAGGACAGAGGUUUACUAGAAAGCAGUACAAGGCUAAAACCUCAUGAAGCUCAAAGCUACAGAAAGAAGGCAUUGUGGGUUUCCUGGGUCUCCAUUAUUGUCACACUGGCUCUUGCAGUGGCUGCUUUCACUGUCUCCGUAAUGAGAUACAGCGCGUCAUCCUUUGGAUUUGCUUUUGAUGCUACCCUGGAUGUUUUGUCAUCAGCGAUAGUUUUGUGGCGUUACAGCAACGCAGCUGCUGUGCAUUCUGCACACAGGGAGUACAUAGCUUGUGUUAUCUUGGGUGUCAUAUUCCUCCUGUCAUCUAUAUGUAUUGUGAUCAAAGCCAUCCAUGAUCUUGCGAAGAAGGUGCUUCCAGAAGUGGAUGAUUUUCUGUAUAGUGUCUCCGUUUUAAGUGGAAUCCUUUGCACUGUCUUGGCAGUAAUCAAAUUUAUGCUGGGAAAGGUCCUUACAAGCAGAGCGCUGAUAACCGAUGGUUUCAACUCUCUUGUAGGUGGAAUAAUGGGAUUUUCCAUCCUUCUUAGUGCAGAAGUUUUUAAACACAAUUCUUCUGUCUGGUAUCUGGAUGGCAGUAUAGGAGUUUUAAUUGGACUUACAAUAUUUGCCUAUGGAAUCAAGUUGCUUAUUGACAUGGUACCCCGCGUGAGGCAAACGCGCCACUAUGAAAUGUUUGAGUGAAGGUGCCGCCCUCUCCUCUGUAAGGACUGUAAAACUACAGCAUCGUACGUUUUGGCAAGUGGUGCCAAUGGUAUUUUACUAAAUAUGCAGUUUGUUUCCCGUGGUCUGUUUUUGUUGGAGUUUGUUUUAAUGGGAAAUCUCUCUGUAAAACUGGCAUAUGUGCACCCUGCUUGCAAUUCAGCGCGACAGCAGCAUUUUUUUUUUCCAGUAUGCUAUUGAUUCGUGUGACGAUAGAAAGCCUGCAGUUUGCAGUUUUCACCCAGCUGCCAUGUUGUAUAUUGCAGAGUGAAAGUGUUCUUAAUGGUGUGAUAAGCCUGUGGGUAAAGAAGUGCCGGGUUCGGAUCUUGUUUUCUUAUUUUUCCUCUGGCCUGUAUUUUCCCAAACGCGUGCUGUAGCAGAAGUCCAACCCUUGCUAACCUCUUCGGCUGACAGAGUAUCCUGUGUAGAGUCUGGACACCAAGAGCUGUGUUGCUUCAAACACUUCGGUAGCUACUUCCAACCCCCCUCCCCAUUCAAAUAGACACACAGAAAGAGCAGGCACAGACCUUUCUGUGAUCAGAGGGAUGCUUCAGUUUAAUCCUAAAUUAACUGAAAUGAUACCUCUUCAAUUUAAAUUCUAUUUUUUUUUUCUUACCAAGACACCGUUCAUAGCUUUGCAUGGACCAAUCAAGCACACACAGUAUUACUGUACAGACCAAAGCCAAAGAGUCGUGCAAGGAAGAGGAGCUGCUUAAAGAAUGGGAUUCUCGUCUUCUGUUAUAUUGUAUGCAGAUGUACCAGCGUGUGUGACUGUGUGGUUGCUCUGUAGUCUGACGACGGCACAGCAGUGGCUCAAUCUGGUGGUGAGAUACAGAUCUAUUUAUUAGAUUUAGAUUGUCCCGUAAAGUGUUGCUCACCUUCCAUCACACAUCUAUUACUUGAUAGGAGGUUAAAUUAUCAAAGAAUCUUGAUGUAUAAUCAAUAAAACUGGUAUCUAUUUUAUACAGUAUCUGUAAGUAACAUUUAAAAACUAUUUCCAGAAUGUAUCAUAGAACAAAGUCUUCCUGUAUAGCAGCCUAUUAAACUGGAUUCUCUGGCUAUAUCCAUUUUCUCUUUAUUUUAAAUGUUCCAGGCUGGUUUUCACAGCAUAGACCAGUAUUGUUGCUUCUGUUUAUACAGGUGGAUAAAACAAAAAUAAGACAGUGCCUUGCAGAGUUUGAAAUAGGACUGUGGUAAGUAGCCAAGCAGCUAGGAAAGGGCAUUUCUAGUGAUGGGACAAUAGCUACAUAAACUAGAGUACAUUACAAUGAGUCUGUUCAGUGGGAACACUGAUAUUUUAUACUGGUGCCUUUUGAUGCUAAAAUCAUAUUUCCCACUGUAUGCCACUUAGCAAGUUCUCAGCCAGAUCAUUAAGGAUCUUUAGUAAAAGCUGACUCCAAAUGAGAUGUGUAGGAAGAGACCACCCAGUGGUUUCACUGUCCCGACAGUGACUAUACGAGGUGCACAAUAUUGGAAAGAUGAUGCUUAGAUCUGCUUGAAACAGAAAAUUCUUUAUGGCAAAAUUAAUUUUGUUCUGCUGCUACAGCUUCUUGAAGUAUUUUGGAUCAACUAGAAAAUUUGUAUAGAUAGUUGUAUGCAAACUUGAUAAUGUUGGUGUCAGUGCUGAUGCUGCUUGUGCCUUCCUGUCACAGGACGAUGUUAGAGCCAUCACAUGUCACUCAGCAGUAAGAUAAAAGUAAGUACAAUGCCUGACAAGAUAAAGGAGGUGUUUCAUAAAUGCAUUCAGCAAGGACUCCAGAAAGACUGUAAAGUAUAGAAGUCGUCACUGUCCUCAUCACAGGUGGAUUUUAAAAUAUCAAGUACCACCCCAACCCCUUUUCUUCCUACGCAGCUUCCUAAUUUGUUAUGGUUUUGCUUAGUCCUGGUAUUUUCCCUUUGUAUUUCUUCUCAAACUUAAUUCCACGAAGUGAGCUGUGGAACAGAGAUUUCCCCAUGGCUUAACUACCUUUUGUCAAGCAUCCUGAAGAUCCUCAGAAUCCCAGAGCCAGAGCCUGAAUGUAGCUGUAUUAGGCAGUUUUGUUAGUCUUAUUAGUACUGUUUACCCUCUUCCACCUCUCCAGGGGCUUUAUUAGUUCUCCAGUCCCAUGGCUGGUCAUUAGAAUGGUGCUUGGCAGCAACUAGAAGUGUUGCUCUGCAGGGCUCUGCGCUCCAGCAGCCUCUUUGUAGCAGAGGCCGGUGCCAACUGCUUCUGAAGGAAAGCAAGAGGGUGAAAUUGGUUGUGGCAAGAUACUUGCCUCCUGCUGUAACCUUUGCAACACGCGAAUCCCAGACCACUGAAAAUACAGAGGACAUUGAAACCCACACCCAGGCCGAACAUGAAAUAAUUCUGUUAAAAAGCUGAAGGUGAAUAGGAGCACAGGACUGUGCCGAUGUGUGCAUGCACGAAGCAAGGUUAAACACCAAGUAAACAAAACAUUUCUUUUGGGAAUUCCAGCGUGCUCUUAGAGGAUGUUUGUAAGUACAGGCUCCAGCUGCGUAGCCUUUGAAAAGGAGAUGUGGUUACACAAGUUAAUUGUACUUUUCUCUUAUCAUCAGAUUAAUUUAAAGCAAUUGCAGGAACUUUUCAGUUACCACAGAUACUUCAAAGCAUUUCUGAUAUUAGCAGGUACAUACAAGAAAAUAAUGGGAAUCCUUGUGAUACUUAAAAGGAAAAAGACCAGGAAAUAAUGAUACUCAGAAAUGAAGGCAAAUACCUGCUGAUGAAACCUUAUAGCAUCAGGGAGACUUCGUGUGGUACUUUACAAUAGGAAAGAAAGUAACCGCUCACCAGUCUCCUGGGACACGCUGCUCUGGCCAGUCACCCCUCAAAGGUAACAGUUUCUGUCAUAGUUUUCUUUACUGAAUGUCUGUGCCAGUUGAUUUUUCAGACUAUGAGAUAACAAAGAGUGCUUCCAGCUAAGCUAAGCGAGGGUGGACUUUUCAAAAGCUGAAUUAGCUCACAAGCACUUUGACUAAUCACCUGAAACUUGGCACCAGCCAGCCUCGCGCUUUGCUUGGUGAUCCCAGGGCACAGACACUUGUCAGCACUGCCAGCUUCCCUUUGUUGUGCACAGGGCACAAGGAAAGAAGCUUCAGCGUUCCUACAAGGAACAACAGUGGCCAGCACAAAGACUGCAAACUGGCACUUAUUAAAGCCCGGCCAAACUCAGAACUGCAAAUUAAUCCCGGAAAGUGGUUAUGAAUCUGAGCAGAUGCUUUGAAUUUAGCUAUUGUUCAGCUGAGAAGGAAGAUAUCAAAGCCCCUCUCGUCAAGGAUUACACCAGCUGCAGUCCUGAAUCCCAAGCCCUGCCCCACAUACACCAGGUGGGUAUGAGGUGUAUUUUAAUAAUGGGAGAUGAUAAUGUUCCACUUA